AUGGCUGCCAAUGGGGACGAGGUUACCUACGAUCCGGCUUUUCUCAAUGAGAGUCGGCAAAAUGAGGUUUAUGCGACGCAUAUCGCAUUCUUCAUCGUGAUGAUGAUCAUUGUGCCGUGUCGGUUCUUUUCAUCAAGGUUGACGAAGAAGACGCUGUCUUGGGACGAUUGGCUAGCGUACUUUGCAGCUUUCAAUACUGUUGGGGUAUUCAUCACAAGUAUGCUGUGGCUUCGAUUUGGCCUAGGUAGGCAUCUUGCUUGGGUGAUGCAGGAUGACCUGAAGAACAUCGAAAACUUCUUCAAGGCCAUCGUUGCAAAUGAGAUCAUGUACACAACGGCGUUGGCCUGUGCGAGGCUAUCCCUUGUAGCAUUUUUCUACCAUAUCUUCGGUGUCUCGAGCAUGAGAUAUUUCCUGCACGGAUUCGUCGCCUUUAUCGUUGCAUGGGCCAUCUCGACGUAUGUUCCAUCGAUUCGAACAUGCUGGCCUAUUUCUAGCUUUUGGGAUGGCACGAACCAGAACUGCAUCGAUCUUUCGAAAUUUUAUGUUGGAGUCGCGAUUGGUGGUAUCAUCACUGACAUUGGUCUAAUGAUUGUUCCUCUGCCGUAUAUCUGGGCCUUGAAGGUACCCUUGUACCAUAAGAUCUUGAUCGCAAUCAUGUUGGUCUUUGGUAGUUUUGCCUGUUUCGUCACCAUCAUCCGCCUCACCAAGGUCAUCACCGUUGAUCUGACGGAUCCAACUUGGGGAACUGUCGACCUGAUGAUCUGGACCGGCAUGGAGGUCUACAGUGCGGUGAUCUGCUGCUGUCUCCCAACGAUGCGUCCCUUGAUCAAGUUUGUCUGGAAGAAGCUUGGGUUGAAGCAAUUGAGUUCAAGCGGGAACACAGAUCCAUCAAAGCCUACGUCAAAUGGAACAGCCAUGUGGGGAAGCAAAUCCCGUCAGAACUCACGACAUUUGGGAGAUGGCAUUCUUGCAUCGAAUGCAGACGAGGUGGAGUUGACAAAGCAUGCUUACUAUGAACUGCAUUCAGAUAAUGCUCACGGUCGAUCACAAGACUCUAUCGCGGUGCAUCAGCAAGGUUGA